GAGCCGAGCCACGUGAGAGCCAAGAUUGGCUGGCUCUGGAGGCUCGGGUGGUCCGGCUUCUACUGUCACGUGGUGUGUGCUGUUUUCUCAUCACGUGCCUGCCGCCCAGGUAAGAAGAGGCCGCUCUUCUGGGCUUGGGGUCUUUUCUCCGUGUAACGUGUGGCUUUUGUUAUCAGCCCUCUUUUACGAGCGUAGGCUGCAUGAGUAUGGGGCGGGCUCCCGCAGUCCUGCUCGGUGGAGGGGCUGCUCUGCUCCUGUCGUGUCUUUGGAUGCCGGCACUGCUGCCUGUGGCCUCCCGCUUUCUGUUGCUACCCCGAGCCCUGCUGUCCAUGGCUUCUGGAAGCCCCCCGUCGCAGCCCUCGCUGGCCUCGGGCUCUAGCUAUGUUCCAGGCUCGGUCUCCGCAGCCUUCGUCACUUGCCCCAACGAGAAGGUCGCCAAGGAGAUCGCCAGGGCUGUGGUGGAGAAGCGCCUAGCAGCCUGCGUUAACCUCAUCCCUAAGAUUACAUCCAUCUAUGAGUGGAAGGGAAAGAUUGAGGAAGACAGUGAGGUGCUGAUGAUGAUCAAAACCCAAAGCUCCUUGGUCCCAGCUUUGACAGAUUUUGUUCGGUCUGUGCACCCUUACGAAGUGGCUGAGGUGAUUGCAUUGCCUGUGGAGCAGGGGAACUCCCCCUACCUGCAUUGGGUGCGCCAGGUCACAGAGUCAGUUUCUGACUCCAGCACAGUCCUACCAUGAGGAGCCCUGUUCCUGCCAUAAUCCCCUCAGAUACUUCAAUGCCCUCUGACUUCCAGGUGAUAAAUGGGCCUCCAUUAAAUCCUAUCUUUGGUUCUUUC